GCGCGUGGUCGGUCAGCUGACUUCUUUCUCCUCCCCCGAGGAGGAGGGGACCAAUGCAAACAUGGCGGCCCUUUUACAGAGGACCGUCGUCGCUCAGGCUAAGAAGCCCACUGCGUCCGUGAUUUUCCUGCACGGCUCAGGUGAUACUGGACAAGGUAUAAGAGCAUGGAUAAAAGAUGUAUUGAAACAAGAUCUGAAUUUUCAGCACAUACGUAUAAUUUAUCCAACAGCACCUUUAAGACCAUAUACACCAAUGAAUCAAUCUAUGUCAAAUGUGUGGUUUGAUAGGCACAAAAUUGCCAUAAACUGCCCAGAACAUCUUGAAUCAAUAGAUUCAAUGUGCCAAACAUUGAGUAGCUUUGUGGAUGAAGAGGUCAAUGCUGGAGUUGCAAAGAACAGAAUAAUCUUAGGGGGAUUUUCAAUGGGAGGGACAAUGGCUAUGCACUUAGCCUAUAGAUUUCAGCAACAAGUAGCAGGAGUGUUUGCUUUAUCCAGUUUCUUGAAUAAGGAUUCUAUUGUCUACCAGGCAAUUCAGAAUUCUAAAACCUCAAUGCCUGAAUUGUUCCAAUGUCAUGGAAAGAAUGACCAACUCAUUUUGUAUGAGUGGGGUAAAGAGAGCUGUUUGCAUUUACAGUCACUAGGAGUGAAAACCACUUUUAAGACAUUUCCUAAUCUCUAUCAUGAACUUUGCAAAUCAGAGUUAGAACAACUGAAGUCAUGGAUUUUACAUAAACUACCUAAUAUUGAACAGUAAUGCUAUUCAUUCUGAAUGAAAUAGUCAUAGUUUAUAUACAUAUUGUAAUAUAUUAGCUAAUAUUGUCAAGAAUUAAAUAUAUCAUGGGUGAAAAUAGGGGAAAAUAAAUUAAAAUCACAUUAAUAAAUUGUUUAUGUGUACUGUUUUUCC